AGACUAGAUCCGGAAAACCUAAACUGGUGGAUCACAAUCGUGAGAAAAUGGUGGAUGCUGCUACCAAGAAAACUCUUAACAACAUUCCAUUACUUAAGACUAAAGCAGGGCCGCGUGACAAGGACUUAUGGCCAGCUAGAUUGAAAGAAGAAUACCAGUCAUUGAUAAAGUAUGUUGAGAACAACAAGGAAGCGGACAAUGAUUGGUUUAGACUCGAAUCAAACAAGGACGGAACGAGAUGGUGGGGGAAAUGCUGGCAUAUCCAAGAUCUCUUGAAGUACGAGUUUGAAUUGGAAUUUGACAUCCCUGUAACAUACCCUGCCACGUCACCAGAGAUCGCCAUUCCAGAGCUGGACGGGAAAACCGCCAAGAUGUACAGAGGAGGAAAGAUCUGCCUGACGGAUCACUUCAAGCCACUGUGGGGAAAGAAUGUGCCCAAAUUUGGCAUCGCACAUGCAAUGGCAUUAGGGUUGGGUCCAUGGCUGGCGGUAGAGAUCCCUGAUUUAAUAUCAAAAGGACUUGUGAGACACAAAGAUGAAGGAGCUGCUUCCAAUUCAUAACGUUAGAGAUCUCUUUGUUUAGUAGAACUUUAUUAUAUCCUCGGCCCUGUCCUGCAAAGACUUAUGAUUGUUCUGAUCAACCUCAACUAUAUGGAAGUCCAUCAAUGUCAUAAUUUUUUUCUAAAGGAAGUUUGCACGAUGUCCUUUGUAAAACAAAGAGAAGCGUACCAUAUUCUCAAGAGAACAAUGAAUGCAUGCACAUACAUCAUAUCUAGAAAACAUCUCGCACAAACAUUUCAAGAAGUUGACGUUGCUGGUUUUCCAUCGUUGUGGUUGAUUCGAUCCAUCGUUGUGGUUGAUUUGAUCAAUCGUAACUAUUUGUGAGACUGGGCCCCGAGGAAAUUCAUUAAAGACUGUGUCAUGGAUUUUAAUUGUUUUCAAUUUCUAUGGAAAGCCUGUGAUGUCAUAAUUAGUCAUCUAACACAUGUACCGUAUGUUUGUGUGUAAUUCCCAUGAGUACAGGACAUGCAUUGUAUGCACUACUAGGGACUUGUAACACAAAGCUUGGCGAUUGAUCAUGUGACUGAUUUUAUGUUUGAUCGUACAUUAUUGUCACUAUUAAUCCUGUGUUCAAUCACUUAGCUUUAUGUUACCGGGCCUCGGGACUGUCUUACAGAGAGUUGUGUUAUUGUGUUUGAUCUGAAAUUCUAUCUUUUAAGGGCACAAAAUAGAUCAAUCACGAUAUCGCGUCAUGUAUCAUUAGUUCAAACAUCAACACACUCCUCUUCAUCUACAAAGUGAUACUACAUACGUACAGCAUGUGCACUCUUUCUAGGUGACCAGUCAUGGCAUUGGCUUCAUGUAUUGCAAUCACUGUUGAAGCCCAGGACCCUGUCUAACAAUGAGUUGUGACUGAUCCAAUUCUAAUCAAUCAAUUAUGGAAAGCCAGUGACUCCAUCAUCGAGAAUAUACAAAUCUUUUUAAAGUGGUCUCUACAUAAUUAUGAUGAACAUCAUAUUGCAUGUGUCAUUGUUGUAUCUUGGUAUGCAAGUUAUAAACUCAGAAAAAAAUUAAAGGAAUCCCAAACUCAAGGAGAGAAUCAAUCUGGGUUAAUAAUUCACAUCUAAUCUUACACUAGUGUGAUGAAAGGUUAUUGAAACAUGGCUUACCAUAAUCUAGUCAUGUAUAUGGUUGUAUGUAACUUAUUUAGCUUAAGCUACCACUUUAUCUGAUCCCAUUCCAAUUAAUCAAUUCUGGAAAGCCAGCGACUCAAACAUCUCGAAUAUAAGAAGCUUUUCAAAGUGGUCUCUCAGUACGAUGAACAUCAUAUUGCAUGUGUCAUCACUGCAACCCAGUGUUCAGGUUAUAAACUCAGAAAAAAAUAAAGGAAACUAAAACUCAAGGAAAGAAUCAGGCUUAGAAGAUGAGUAUUUACUUUCAUAUCUCUUCUUACGCAAGUGCGAUGAAAGAUUAUUGAGAGAACCAUAUACUAGUAGCCAAGUCGUGUAUAUGAUUGUACUAUAAGUCAUAAAUAUCAAAUAAGAUUUAUCCCUUAAAUGCAUGGAUAGCUGUACAUGGCAGCUUAAUUGAGGCAGGGGAUACUUACUCUUGGAGAUAGCAGUGUCAGCUUACUUAUAAUUUUGCCAGAGGACACAAAGAGCAGCUUAUAUAACCCAGCUCCAACUUGAGCUGCCACUCUAUCAUCAGCAGUGCUCGAUGUAUUCAUGGAAAUAAUCCUACUGCUUACCCAUUGAGCUCUUCUGAGUGCAGCAUGAUGUGGAUACAUUUCUUGCUGAAGGAAACUAUAUGCCAUGGCUGGGAUUUGAACCCGUGCCCCUGUUGUUUCAAAGUCUGGAGACUAAUCCACUGGGCCACAAUGAUCCACAUGGCGUAGAGUUCCCAUUGUCUAAAAUGCAAAUCUUUUGCAGUGAAAUUUACAAACCUGAAAAAUCAUUUGUAAUUAGUGGAAUCCUCAAGUAAAAAAAUGCAUAAACUCAUGGAGAACAUGUGCUUUAAUACUGCAAACUGAGUUAACAGCUUUCCAACAACUCAGUUUUGUUUAAUUUUACUUGGCUUUGAUUUUAAUUAUUUUCACUGUACUUUUCAUAAUUCAUGCUUUUGGGUUAAUUUUUUUGUCACAUUUGUUAUGAAAUCUAUGAAUUCUGUAUUCUUCCCAAAUUCUGUACAAUCCCUCUGUUUUCUGUAUGACAGAGAACUGGGAACAGUAUAUUAAAAAGAUAAUGGUGUUUAUUUACCAAACUGCAAAAAAAAUAUAUAUGUACCGUUGACCGGUGAAGCAAGAACUCAGUAGUCAACAAGAAAAGAAAGGUAAGAAUAUUUUAGUUGUCCAUUGUUUAUGUAUUAGAUAUAUUUAAUUAGCAACUCUGACAGUUUUAUGAAAAGUAUGAAACAAUCAUUGAUGUAAUGAAAUUUUCUUUUCUGAAAAGGGGUUGUCACACGACUCACAAAAGGGGAACAGAUCGUGAAAUGACUUGUCAGAAGUUUUAUCUGACAAGUCCUGUUUUAUCCAAGUUACCGUAGUAACUGUGCUUCUCAGCCAAUCAGAAUCAAGGAAAAAUGUCAGAUGAAAAAUAUUGAUGAAAUGCUCCCCUGGACUUUUUUGCCAGAGUAUGAUGACAUAAAGAAGUCUGUAACUUUGCUCAAGUCAAAACAUUUGGGGGACCAUGGAAAUAUGUUUGCCUUUAAUAGUAGAAAUUUUAUUUAUGAGAGUUAGAUAACCCUUAUUUUGCACAAUCUUGGGCCCGAUUCGUAAAGAGUUAUAAAAUAUAUGCACAACUACCGGUAUUAUAUCUGCCGUUAUGGCAGCUACCGUGGAAACACAACUAAGUCGCCAAUCACAAUCCCAUGUUUCCAUGGAAGAUGAAAUAAUGAAAAAUUGCAAUAGUUUUAAAUCUUAAUGAAAUGGGUACAUGAUCUAAGGAAAAAUUGCUAUGAUUGGGAAAAAUAUCUACUUAAAGAGGAGGCGCGAUAGCUCAGAAGAGUUGGGUUUUGGGUUCCGGUGACCCGGGUUCGAUUCCCACUUUGUGCGCUAGUGCCCUUUGGUAAGGCAUUAAUUCUCAUGACCAGGUUCCUUGGGGAGGACCUUGAGCCGUCAGUCCCCUGGUUGCUUGCUUACAAGCAUCCAUGCUUUCUUGGCAAUUGGGUAAAAAAUCACCACCAUUUACCAAACACGUUCAACUGUAUUUCUUGGUGAAACAAAAUGUUGUUUUGAUGUCAAGAAAGGAAUUUAAAGAAAUAGAAUUACAUGAGAAAACAGCUUGCCAUAUGUUCGUUGGCAUAUGCUUCUAAAGACAUCUUGGGCCCUGUCUUACAAAGAGUUACGUUUGAUCCAAUAACUGUAUGGAUAUCCAUCAAUGUCAUAAUUUUUUCUGAAGGACAUUUAAACAUCCAUUGAUAAACAAAGGGAAGCUCACUGAAUUUUCAACAAAAUGAUAAAUAUAUGAAUACUCGUAUCUAAAAAAUCUUUUGAACAAAGAUGCAUUACAGAUGUUGACUUAGCUGGCUAUCCAUAGUUGUGGUUGAUUGGAUCAAUUUAAAUUCUUUGUAAGACGGACCCAGAUGUAAUAGCCCCCUAACUAUUUGUCUUAUAUUUUAAUACAUUACCAAAUAUAUACAUAUAUGCAUGUGUAUUACACAAAUAAAAUGAAACAAACUA